GUGAAACGAUUAAGCUUUUGAGAGGGGGCUUUUUCAUUUUACAUGCGUUUAAUUCAAACCGAAAAUCGACCUACUGUGGACUGAUACAUUAGAGUAUACAGCUUUCUACCAGAUAAAAAUUUAGAAAAUUCAUUCUUCCAUAGAAAAUAAAGAAGCAAAUUCAUAUUAUUUCUAAAGCGCUAUUUCACUGUAAAUACGAAAGGUGACAGUUACACAAUGAUUGUAACUGCAUUAUAGAAGAUCAUCAUUAGUUAAGAUAUGUUAAAAAAGAUAGAAGAUGUCUACAAGGUUGGAUCGAUUGUUCUGUUUGUUGGACACUGGUUCGACAAUGGUUGUUCGAAAAACAGCUGCCGAACAAAUAGGAACUGUCAUAAAAAAUCAUCCAGAAGACUUACAAAUAAUUUUAUUUAAGUUACAUGAAAUAUUGGGUAAACCUAAUUGGGAAACAAGGAUAGCCGCAGGUUUAGCUGUUGAGGCUGUUGUCUCUCAAGUGCCGAGCUUUAAUCCGGAAGGCUCUCCAGAAUCUAAUGCUGUCUUUGAAAAAUUACAAGAGAAUUUUUUGCGCUUCAAAGAUUUCAAUAUAUCAUUAGUUCUGAAACAGAAAACUCUAGUUGGAUCAGAAGGAUGUGAAUACGAUGCUGAUAAUGAUACUGGAGAAAGUAAAGAAGCUGCUAUUAAGAGAGAGAGAGAGGCGAUGAAUAAAAAUUUGUCGUUAGGCCUACCAUCAGUUUCAAAUUUUCUCACGGAUUUAGUAGAGGAUGAUGAUUUAGUAAAGCAGCCUUCUACUCCGCAAUCUAUAAAUUCAUCAGACAAUCUAGCUUCUAUCUUCAAGAGUAAUCAGUCAUUGUCUGUUAGAGAAAAGAACAAGUUGAAGAGAAAAGUCAAAGCUUUCACUAGGCAAACCUCACAUGGUGGGAAUGUAAUCAAUGAUGACGACUCGAAAGCUGGCAAGAGAUCGAGAUCUAGUAGCAUCAGUGUGGACUCUAGAUCAAACAGUCCGGCUUGUUUCGAUACUGAGACUGAAGAUUGGCCGUUAUCGAAAUUUUGUGAAACGUUGUUGAAUGACCUAAUUAAUAGUGCUUGGGAGAAACGACACGGUAGUGCAGUCGCCCUUAGGCAUAUUUUAAAGCAUCAUGCCUCUAGUGCUGGAAAAUCGAAUUUAAUAUAUAAAAAUUCGAUGGAAUUGGCCAAUCAAAGCUAUCUGGAGAAUAUUGCAGUUCGUUUAAUAGGUUUAUUAGUCUUGGAUAGAUUCGGUGAUUUUAUAUCUGAUGAAGUUGUGGCUCCGGUACGUGAGAGCGCUGCACAAACUUUGGGUGUAGUUAUGCAAAGUUUACCCGAGGAAACUGUUUCUACUGGUAUAAAAUUGUUACUAGAAAUGUUAAUUAGUGAUCAAUGGGAAGUAAGGCACGGUGGUUUAUUAGCUAUUAAAUAUACAAUGGCUGUUAGAACUGAUAUGACAUCAGUUACUCUACCUAUAGUCUUUCAAUCAGUAUUUAAUUGUUUGAGUGAUAAAGAAGAUGAUGUUAGAAGUGUUGCGGCUAUGUGUCUUAUUCCAGUUGUCAAUACUUUAGCUUCGGAAUUAGAUACUUAUAUUCCGUCUUUGGUCGAACGUUUAUGGGAUUCUUUAGUACUUCUAGACGAUUUGACAGCUAGUACAAAUUCAUUUAUGAAUCUGUUAGCGUUAAUUAUGCCUAAAGUUGCUGAAUCCAGUGAUCAGAAUUUAAAAAUGAAUAUGAAUGUUUUAAAGGAUUUAAUACCAAGAUUAUGGCCAUUUUUCUCGCAUAAUAUCGCCUCUGUUCGGAAAUCGAGCUUCCAAACUCUAUACAUUUUACUUACAUCAGCUGCUGAAAAGGAACAUAUCUUGGCUUGGCUGUUACCGAUACUUGAACCAACUAUGAGAUUACUUUAUCAGCAAUCUCUUUUAGAAAGUGAAAUUGACAUAUUAAAUCUAACAGAAAAAAUAUGGCAAACUAUACUAGAUAUUGCUCCUGCAUAUCAGAUAUUUUGUAGUACAUCCCAACAUUUAGGUAUAUGGUUGAGUUUAGGUAUGCAACCAGUUUACAUACCGUUCAGUCUCGAAAACUUACUAUUACCCAAACACGGUACAUUAUCGAAAAGACCCGAUAACGAAGACAAGUUAUAUUUAGGUGGAAGGGAAGCCCAAGUUCAGAAUAAUGAUAAUCGAGAUAUAUUUGUUAAUCGAUCAAGAAUAUAUGCUUCAAGAUUAAUUGGUCAGGUCUUCAGAAACUUAAGUGUAAAUUGCGUUGAAGUACCAAAUGGUCAAGACAUAACCACAUGCCUAUCCAAUAUGAUAAUAUUCCAUCUGAACAAUAAAUCUGCUCUGCAGAGAAUGUUUGCAGCAUUGGUUCUUGGCGAAUGGUGUGAUAAUAACGAAAGUUUAGUCAUUCCAAAGGAGCUAGAUGAAUUAGUGUUUAAAUGCCUCACCGAGCCUGUUUAUUACGAUGAAAUUGCAGUUCAAUUUACCAAAAUGCAGGCAUCAUGUAAGGAUAUAAUACUUUCUUUAAGAACUAUGAAAAUUGACGUCAAUGAAUUUGAGAAAACCCCCGUUCUGACAAUUGAAAUGGCUGAGAAAUUCUGCUCCAGUUUCUAUCCGUCUAUCAAAUCUAAAAUAAAAAGAAAUCGGGAUGAAAUUGAAGCCCGGAUAAAUUCACUUUCAACAACUGUAGCCUUUACAGCAAACGAACAAAAGACCUACAAUAUAAGAGUUGGUUCUCUGUUGGCAUGUACUAAAGUUUGUAUGAAAUCUAUACCGGACCAAAUUAAUCCCGUCAUUAGGCCGCUAAUGGAGGCGCUAAGGAAAGAAACUAAUAUUGAUUUACAAAAAAUAGUUGCCAGCCGUCUGUCGGCAUUGUUAUCAAUAUUUACAACUAGAACAUCAUCGCCUAAUGAGAAAAUAAUUAGAAACUUAAGUAAUUUAAUAUGUAUUGACAGUGAGAAUAUUAAAGAGGAACUUUUGGCUGAAAAUAACGGAAGUGAUAUAAAAUUAGAUAAAUAUUAUGGAAUACUAGCUUUAGCUUUAAAUGAAACACAUCUUCAAAAAUCACCGAAGUCUAUGGGAAAAAAGGCGAAUGGAUGUGAUAUAGGAAAUCAUAAUAACCUGGAUAUAUCCUCUAGUUCUUGUAGGGGUGCCCAAAUAGCUCUCUCCCAAGUAUUAAUCGAUCAAGGAGCACAGCUACCGGUUAAUAUCGAAUCUCUCUGGUCAUUGCUUUUUGGUGCUAUUGACAAAGUGAAAACAGUAAUCGAUCUGGAAAAGUCUAAUGAGGACAACGCGGAAGCAAAAAGUCUUAUCAAUUCUUUUACGCUUCUUGAAUCUAUUCUUAUUUACCUACAUACUGAUUUACAUGAAGAGGUUUUGAAUCGUUUAAACUCUAUUACCAAUUGCUUAUUUCAUCCUUAUACGACCGUCCGCAAUUCAGCAGCAAAAUGCUUUGCAAAAUUUACUCAUAUCAACAUUCUUACUACUAUGCAACACUAUUUGGAGAAAGUUGCUCCUAUUUUAUCGUCCGAGAAUAUCAGAUCUAAGCAAGGAGCAAUAACAUCCCUUCAUUAUUUAAUCGAAACGGUCGGAUUCAAUGUUGCACCUUAUAGUAUACUACUCUUUGUUCCCGUUUUAGGCUGUAUGAGUGAUCAAGAUAAAUCUAUUAGAAUGAUGGCCAAUCAAUGCUUUGGUCAACUGAUACGCAUGAUAUCUUUGGAGAAGGGUAUUCCAAAUCCUCCUGAUAUGAAAACAGAGCUUAUACAGAGGAAAGAGGAGGAGAGGAAAUUCAUAGAGCAAUUGCUUGAUGGAUCGAAACUCGAUUACUUUGACAUUCCUGUUCCUAUUAAAGCAGAACCUAGGAAGUAUCAACAAGAUGGGAUCAAUUGGUUAGCAUUUUUAAAUAAGUAUAAGCUACAUGGAGCUCUUUGUGAUGAUAUGGGUUUGGGUAAAACUUUGCAAACAUUAUGCAUAGUCGCUGGAGAUCAUUUUAUGAGAGCAGAGAAGUAUAAGACUGAUCCUGGUCCAGAUUGUGAGCCAUUAUUAUCGUUAAUUAUCUGUCCCCCAACGUUAACUGGACAUUGGGUUUUUGAAAUGGAGAAAUUUGUAGAUUCAAAAUAUUUAAAUCCAUUACACUAUACCGGAACUCCUACAGAGAGGAAUUUAUUGCAAAAGGAGAUUGAUAAGCAUAACGUUGUAGUUUCAUCUUAUGACGUUGUCAGAAAUGAUAUUGAAUUUUUCGAAAAAAUCAAAUGGAAUUAUUGUAUAUUGGAUGAAGGUCACGUGAUAAAGAAUAGCAAGACAAAAUUAUGGAAAGCUAUGAAGAGGCUGAUAUCAUUGCAUAGGCUGAUACUUUCCGGUACCCCUAUACAAAAUAGCGUUUUGGAACUAUGGUCUCUUUUUGAUUUUCUUAUGCCUGGUUAUUUGGGAACACAAAAACAAUUUCAACUUCGCUAUGGUAAACCUAUUUCAGCUUCUAAAGAUUCAAAGAGUUCAUCAAAAGAACAAGAGGCGGGCGCAUUAGCAAUGGAGGCUUUGCAUAAACAGGUUUUACCGUUUAUUUUAAGAAGAAUGAAGACUGAUGUAUUAACAGAUUUACCCCCGAAAAUUGUUCAAGAUAUGUAUUGUUGUUUAAGCUCCUUGCAAAUAGAGCUUUACGAAGACUUUUCAAAGUCAAAGGCAUUAAAAACUGUUGAAAAUGAUGUGUCUCAUUUUGGUCAGGAGUCGUCAGCCAAGAAAGCCAGCAAUCAUAUAUUCCAGGCUCUACAGUAUCUAAGAAAAGUAUGCAGUCAUCCUUCGUUAGUAUUGAACAAAAAUCAUCCAAAAUAUGAAGAAUUGAUGCUAAAGAUGAAGCGAGAAGGAAGUAAUAUUAAUGAUAUUCAACACGCUCCCAAACUGGCUGCUUUGAAACAGUUGCUUGUUGAUAGCGACAUUGGUGUAAAUCAAGGAAAUCUUAGCGAUGUACCAGUUGUUGGUCAGAAUAGGGCUCUGAUUUUCUGUCAAUUAAAGAGUAUGUUGGAUAUUGUCGAGAAGGAUUUACUAAAAACUCAUCUUCCUAAUGCCACCUACCUUCGUCUCGAUGGAAGUAUCCCUCCUGGAAAUCGCCACAAUAUUGUUCACCGCUUCAACACAGAUCCAUCAAUUGAUAUUCUACUUUUGACAACUCACGUUGGAGGGCUAGGCUUAAAUUUAACCGGAGCAAAUACGAUUAUCUUUGUCGAACACGAUUGGAACCCAUCAAGAGAUGCCCAGGCUAUGGAUAGAGCUCAUCGUAUAGGUCAGAAAAGGGUAGUAAACGUUUAUAGACUGAUAACAAAAGGAACUUUGGAAGAAAAGAUAAUGGGAUUGCAAAAAUUUAAAUUGGCUGUGGCGCAAAGCAUUGUUUCAGCCGAUAAUGCUAACUUGUCAUCAAUGGCUACAGAUCAAUUGUUGGAUUUGUUUACGGUUGAAAAAGCACAGUCACCAAGGAAGAAACUUUCUCAAAUCUCUGGAGCAAAAAGCGUAAUGGAGAACCUAGAGGAACUGUGGGAUGAGGAACAAUACGAAGAAUAUGAAUUGGAUAAAUUUCUUCAAAGUCUCCACAAGUAACUGCGAAAUCUUCUUGAAAGCCAAUUAUUUAUGAAUUUUACAAAAUAAUGUAAUUAUUUUAUUAAAGAUAAAUUU